UUCAAUUAAAGCACAACGAGCGGUAAAAAAACGUCUUGACUAACCUAUCUGUGGAAUAGAAGUUUCAUUUAGUGUUUUCUGAAGUGAAAUAACGAAACAUUAGGGAAUCGAUUUUUCUGAAAAAUUUUUGAAUCGAACUACUCGAAUAUUUUUAACGUGACAAGAAAGUUAAGGGACACAAUGCCAGUUCGCGUUGAACACUGUAAUCGGUUUUCGGCUGCAGCGAUGGGCAGCCCGAAGCUGAAAACCGUCCCGAAAGCCAUCCAAAAUCACCUGCGCGGAUUUCCUGUGGUCAACGGAGAAGUUACGCUACUAUCACCCAAAGUACGUGAGUUUGUCGAGCGGUCAGCCGUCCUUUGCCAACCGGAGAAAAUUCAUAUCGUCGAUGGAAGUGAGAACGAAAGUAAUACACUGCUGAAGAUGCUCCACAGCCAAGGAACGAUUCAAUCCUUACCAAAGUACGACAAUUGUUGGCUGGCACGAACAAAUCCUGCGGAUGUUGCACGAGUCGAAUCGAAGACGUUUAUUUGCACUGAGAACCGAGAAGAAACAAUCCCGACCCCUAAACCGGGGGUCAACGGCACUCUGGGAAAUUGGAUCGCACCCGAAGCCUACAAAGAAGCAAUUGAAGCACGAUUUCCCGGAUGCAUGAAGGGCCGCACCAUGUACGUGGUUCCGUUCUCGAUGGGUCCGAUCGCUUCACCCCUGUCGAAGAUCGGCAUCGAAAUCACCGACUCAGCCUACGUUGUGAAUUCAAUGCGCAUCAUGACACGAAUGGGAGAUGAUGUACUGGACAAAUUGUCAAAUAACUCGGACUUUGUCAAAUGUCUCCAUUCGGUCGGUACGCCAGCGAACGGCAAAAUCUCGAUGCCCUCGUGGCCCUGCGACCCGGAACGAACGAUCAUCCUGCACAAACCGGACCAAAACGAAAUCGUCUCGUACGGAUCCGGUUACGGUGGCAACUCGCUGCUCGGAAAGAAAUGUCUUGCUCUACGCAUCGGCAGCACUAUCGCAAAGCGCGAAGGCUGGCUGGCCGAACAUAUGCUCAUUCUCGGCAUCACGAACCCGAACGGUGAUAAGAAGUACAUAGCAGCCGCGUUCCCAUCCGCCUGUGGCAAGACAAAUCUGGCUAUGAUGAAUCCGACUUUACCCGGUUACAAGGUGGAAUGCGUCGGUGACGACAUCGCUUGGAUGAAGUUCGAUUCCAAAGGUCAGCUGCGUGCCAUCAAUCCGGAAAAUGGCUUCUUUGGGGUUGCUCCCGGUACAUCCACCGCCACAAACCCCAACGCUAUGAACACGAUCUACAAGAACACAAUCUUCACUAAUGUGGCAUCCACAUCCGACGGUGGAGUCUUCUGGGAAGGAAUGGAAAAGGAAGUUGCGCCGGGAGUGCAAAUCACCGAUUGGCUUGGUCAGCCGUGGAAAAUGGGAGAAACCAAAACACCAGCUGCUCAUCCAAAUUCCCGGUUUUGUGCUCCUGCCAACCAGUGCCCUAUCAUUGACCCCGCCUGGGAAGAUAAUGAGGGCGUGCCAAUCUCCGCAAUUCUCUUCGGAGGCCGACGACCGGAAGGCGUUCCACUAGUGUACGAAGCCAACUCCUGGGCACAUGGAGUGUUCAUCGGCUCCACGAUGCGAAGUGAAUCAACGGCUGCGGCAGAACACAAGGGAAAAGUAAUCAUGAACGACCCCUUCGCUAUGCGCCCCUUCUUCGGGUACAACUUCGGCGACUACCUCAAACACUGGUUGAGUAUGGAGCAGAAGGCGGCUGCUGCGGGAGGCACCAUGCCAAAGAUCUUCCACGUCAACUGGUUCCGCAAGAACGAGCAAGGAAAAUUCCUGUGGCCAGGAUUCGGCGAAAAUAGUCGAGUGCUAGACUGGAUUCUGCGGCGGGUGGAAGGUGAAGACUGCUACCAACAGACACCGAUCGGACGAGUCCCCCUACCGGGAGCCAUCAACGUAAGUGGCAUGAAUCAGCGAGUGGACGAGAAGGAACUGUUUUCGAUUUCGAAAAAAUUCUGGCUGACAGAGGUUGAGGAAAUUAAGCAAUACUAUGACAAUCAGCUGCCGUAUGAUCUGCCUUCAGAAAUCGGUUCCGAACUACAGCAGCUGAAAGAUCGGGUGGAAGAAAUGUAAUAAACAAAGCAUGAAAAAUACUGUUUUAGAAUAAGCCCUGACCCAUUGUAAAUAAUUCAAAAGUAAUUUUAAGCACACAAAUAAUGUUAAGUAUUAUAUGACUUCGUAUUAAAAACUACUAUUUUAA